GUUAAUGACAUGUUGCGAGUUCCAGCAGAUUUAACAAUCAUGCACGGCUCCUUUGGAUGGGAGGUUGGCACGGUGUCCACCAGGUUCGUAUCUCAACAACGACGCUUUAUCUCGGUGCAGUCCACUAUUCCGAGACUCGCAACCUGCAUUUGGUAACAUUAGGGUUUCCGAUCUUGUCGUGAAUUUCCAGAUUGGAACCUCUCUUGCGUGCAAUCUGCCACUCAAGCAGAUACGAUCACUCGCUCUACCACUGUAGUUUUGAGAAAUGCUCUUGGACUUGUUAGAAUGCUUCGUAUGAUCGAUGUUUGUGAGACUUCGGAUCAUGGUUUGAGCCGUGGAGAGAGGAACAUGCUAGGGGAAGGAAGGAAGGAAUUUAUCGAUCACAAGGGGUAGAGGUUGCGAUGGAGUCGAUAGCGGAAGGAUUUUGGAAGUUAGCCGAUGUAUACGAGAAAGCAAGGUUGUAACAGCGCCAGGCUGUGAAAGGCUUGGAAGCGAUUAGCCAAAGUUGGGUGUAGCUCUUGCCGGAGAUUGAAGUAAAGACGCGCCUCCGAAUUGUGGCUCUGCUUCUUGAGCACACCGAGAAUGUCACCCAUGCCAAGGCGCAUCUCGAACGACUGGUAGCAAUUAUUACUAAAUCAGAUUCCAACUUGUUUUGAGCUGAAAUCUCGAGCUCACAGCUUGCUAAGUCGAUGCUAUCAACUACUGGGCACUAUUGCGUUUAUAAAGCAGACUUUGAAAAAAAGGAUCGGAGCUUCCUACGAACGCGAAGGCUGGGUAUGUAUUCAAGCAUGGGUAUCAAGGAAAGCGCUCAUCUUUUACAUUGAAGAAUUGAACUUUUACAUUGAAGAAUACAUCUUUUAAGUGCUAUGAAUCUUGCUCAUUUUGGAUCGCAGCUGUGGUUUAAAUUCUUCUGUGUAGUGUGACCUUAGCAAGAUUCAUAGCACUGGAAAAUGGAAUUUUCUGAUGAAGCUUGGUUUUGGCAUUGAGUUGGGAAGGACUGUGGGUGUGCAACUUUACAUUUCAACUUGCAAAAGCCCUAAUUACCGAAAAUGAUUAAGCUGGAGCAUUACGAUUGUUGGAAAGUGGCUCUAGAUUAGCAGCUGCCAUGAAUCAACCUCAACUCGAUGUGAGUUCUUCGUUGGUGUCUGAUCAAUCAUCGGCUCCGUGCUCAGUUAUACGAAGGUUCUCUUUUUGACUCUUAGAUUUCUGUGUGUAAUUUAAACCGUUUUCUUCUAGCAUGGUUUAUGAUUUUUACCUUGCCCCAGCAUCUGUUGUGAUGGUGCUAUUGUAUUGCGUAGUGGAUCACAUUUUGCUUUGUUCUAACAUGAACGGUGAUCCAACCUCGUACACAGGUUUUUAUGUGUAUGCUUUUUUUUAUUAAGUACCUUUAUUAUCGCUGAAGCUGAUCAUUAAAGCACAAGAUCUUGACAAAUUGUUAAUGUAGCAGAUGGUAUUUGCUAUUGCUAGAUUGCACAUUCAAAUGAUGCCGUGGGUGGGGCCUCCAAUCAUAGAGCGAAGUCUUGUUCUAUGUGAUCAGUUGUUUGAGAAAAUUCUACAGCAUCUAGUGCGUUUAGUUGCUUGUGUGAUUUUUACUGAUUCCAGAUAUGCACAUGGUUUCCAUGUUAACAUUUUGUAGGGAGGUACUUCUGAAUGUGGUUUUUUCCUCAGUGAGGACUUUCCUCGUUUUUGUCAAUCUAGUUUCUGGUGGUGCGGAGCCCAUAUAAUUGUUGUUUAUUUUUAGUGGACACUUCAGUAUAUGCCCAAUACCGAUGCUGUCUUAUAAAUAAUUUAAUUUCUUCAGUUGCAAGUCAAAUCUUCUUACGUUCAGAUUCUUGCUGGUUUUGAUUUAACAUGUGUUGUUUCAGUUAGUUAGAAGUUUAUUUGCGCAAAUGCAUCGAGUUUUAUAGCCUCGGCGUUUGCUGGAUUCUAUAGAAACGCUCGCAUGCAAGUCUACAUGUUUAGAAGAAAUUUCUUUAUAAUUUUUUUUGCCUCCUGCGGGCAUGUGAAUAUAAGGAACUACUAGAUCGCGUUACCGAUUUGGAUACAACACUAAGACAGUUGAGACAGGCACUUCCACUGCAACAACCGGUAAUGGAUCCUAUUGUGUAUCAAGAGCUUCAAAACCUACUUGAGUUGUUGAUUAAAGAACUAAAACUUCCAGGCGCCCUGCCGCAACAGACUGCAGAUCUGCAUUAUCAUUUUGGUUCAAUUCAGCAGCAGCUCGUCCAGUAUGAACAGUUGAAGGAGAUCCAAACAAGCUACUGUGGGGUCCUGCAUUUUUGGAUGAGGAAUGGAUUAUUUUUUGUAGCAGUCCUCGUUAUGGUGGAUCUCAUGGUUGUUUGCUCAAGGCCAAAAGGCACCUUCAAAGACUGCAUAACACGAAUUAACUCUGAGUUGGACCGCGUUAUUGGUGAAAUGGAGAAGCUUGGAAUUACAAACCAAGGAACAGCUGCUUGAAAACAAACCAGUCAUUGAACUUACCGAAGCUGAUUAUGUUGAAGUCCAGAAGGUAUUUAAUUUACUGAAUUGAGAAAAGCUCCUGUUGUGCUGCAAGGCUGGUUGAUUUCCUCAAUGCAGUGUUAUAAAAUAGAUUGUAUAGCGUGAGGAUUCGGUUUCUGCAAUCAUGCUUUUAUCAAAUCGAUCACUUUCUCUGUCCUAGCACCACAUUUAAGUGAUGCCUUGGUUAGAAAAAUGUGCUAAUAAUUGUAGUUGUGUUGCUUACAUCAAUCAUCAGUCUUUGAUUCAAUUGGUGGAGUUGUAGAGGAGCUUUUCGAUGAUGCUUCAAGGCAAUGAAAGCAGUAUUCAAGUAAUUCAGGUUCACUAUGUUCAUUCCUUGGGCUAUUUUCAUGAGUUAACCCUCCAAUUCGUCCAAGGUGAAUGGUGUUCUAGAAUCCCCCGACAUGAUAUUUCGUUGCAUUUAUUGAUGGUUGCUGUCUAGAGUCUUGCAAGCCUGGAGCAGAAUUGUAUAAUCUAAAUAUGAUUUGUCAGCCUGGAGGUUACUUUCAGAAAGCAUGCUCAUCCGUUUUUUUCACUUCCUGCACUAAGCAAACAUGUAGAAAGUUUUCUUGAAGGCGUGUUUUAUUUGUGAACCUGCAGUUGACACAGUUCGAGGGCUUGCGAGCCACGUGUCAAAUGAAUGCUGCAGUAUCUUAUAUCUGUCUUGAUGACCAAGUCUCAUCCUCACAUGUACGUUGACGGUUGCUGGGCAUUCUGAUAAAGUCGUUCUGAAGCCUUAGUUGCACGCACUAUCUGUUUGAAUCGUGCCCUGGAACUCAGUAUCUUUGUGGUUUAAGGAUGUGUUAAAUCCAAGUUUGUUUUAAUUCAAAAAUGUAACUGCCAUAUAUUAUCUGAGCAGUAUCAUUGUCACUUAUCACGCUCACCAUUAGCAGGUUAGUGCGUAUCUUUCCUUUAGUAACAGUUCAAACUUUGGGAUUGUUUAUUAUCUUCGGCAAUUUUCGGGAUGGAAACCUCAACAGGUUUUAUCAGAAGUGAUUUGCCCUUAUGAACGUUUUCAGACAUUUAUUAGAGCUGCUUUGAGUGACCUUGUCUCACGUUGAAGGGCUUCUAUUUCAAACUCUUUUUGUUGGUUGAUCCUGAUGCUAUCGAUUUGUCGAAUGCAAUUUGGCUUGUGCUAAUAGUGAUGGUUGUGGUGCCACGAAAGAACCCGUAAUUUCAGAUAGAUACGUUUCUUCAGGAUAUGACAAGAUCUGCUCCAUCUCCCAAUCUCCCUUGUAAUCAUUAGCAUGUUUAUCAUGAGGUCUGAAUUGCAAUUGCGUCCUUGUAACAUAGUGAGGCUUCAAGUAUUGGAACUCCGCCGUAGUAACUUCAAUUGAUCUGCCGAAGUUAGGCUAAGGAGAUAGAAGCUAGAUACUUCAGCCAACACAGUUGUGCAGCAAUGUCAGUUCAUUCAUUCAAGAAUUGUCAUGAUGAGGACAUCUGUCACCUGUGAACCUUUAUAGACUUGCGUUAUUAGAACAGCCUUGUUCCGGCAUGUUCGCUGUUUGAGAUACAUGGGGAUUUAAUUAUUCUUGGUUGGUUCA